AUGUCCUUCAGUUUGUUAAAGCCGCCGUGCUUCACACAGCUCUCCAAGCAUGCAGUGACCGUCUCGCCCCACUCGCUCUGUUCGAUCCAAAAGAAACGUGCCUCGUCAGGAAGCAGGAUGUUCACGGGCUCCACCAAGCUGCCACCCGCUAAAACCCCGCAGCCGGAGCGGCUGGAUGAAGUUUACGCUGCCUUACGCCGAGGCUUACAGUCGUACCUGCAGGUCCACCAGCUGGAGCUGGACAGUCUGGGUCAGCAGAUCCGAGAAAACAAGAAAAACAGUCGACUGGGCUCUUUGUAUGAAUUGGAUAAGCAAGUGAAGGCUAUAGAGAGGUUUAUGCGCCGUUUGGAAUUUCACCUCAGCAAGGUUGAAGAACUCUACGAUGCUUACUGUAUACAGCGGCGUCUGCGUGACGGAGCGAGUAAGAUGGUGGCAGCGUUUAACUCCGCCACCGGCAGCAGGGAGGCCCGGGAGAGUCUGAGCGAAGCCAACAAGGGUUACAGGGAAUACACCGAGCACAUGUGCUCUCUGGAGAGCGAGCUGGAAAGCCAGAUGGGAGAGUUUCAUGUCAAGAUGAAGGGCCUUGCUGGAUUUGCACGACUGUGCGCUGGUGAUCAGUACGAGGUCCUCAUGCGUUACGGGCGUCAGCGCUGGAGGCUACGAGGCCGCGUGGAAGUCAGCAACAAGCAGAUGUGGGACGGCGAGGAGUUUACUUUCCUGCCUUUAGUCACAGAACUUUUGUCAAUCAAGGUGACGGAGCUGAAGAGCCUGGCCAAUCACGUGGUGGUGGGCAGCGUGUCCUGUGAAAUGCUCGAUCUGUUCUGCCCGCUCCCUCAGACGCUCGCCGUGGACAUCAACGACCUGGGGACGGUGAAACUGAACCUGGAGGUCACCUGGAGUCCGUUUGAUAAGGACGACCAGGCGACAUCCUGCAGUACAGUUUCCAAACGACUGCUGUCCAAUCAGAGUCCUCCUGACACGCCGUCUAUGCGAGAGCAGGUCUUCUAUUCCCUGCUGAAGCGUCAGGGGGAAAUGGAGAACGGAACGGUUUGGUCCAACUCCUCUGAGUCAUCGGACGACUCCUCCAGCCCGGCGCUGGCUCAUCAGAGGCUGACGGCCUCCAACGCGCUGCAGACUGCUCCCACCACUCAGCUGUCGCUCGCACCGCACAAGUCCAGCGUGUCAACGCCGUCGCUCUCGUCCAACCAGGAGGAGGACGAGUCAGAAGGCGGAGAUGUUUUCGCUCAGGCAGAAGCGGUGGCAAACGGCCAUUUGCAGACCUCCUGCUCAGACUGUGCUGCGACUGACGGGACAUCUGCUCAAUCGGAGGACACCUCUGAAGCCUCCUGCCCUGACAGGACCUCUGGAGCUGCGGCGUUGUUGGUGGAGGACGGCGACGCGUCGGCUGCAGACGCACAAGACGAGCCGUGCGAAGAGUCGUCGGCAGACAAUCAACAGGCCGAAGCAGAAGACGGCACAGCUGAAGGUGCAGACCAGGAGGAACCAAACAAACUGUAUCAGUCUGUCCAGGAGCUAAAACAACCAGAGGCGGCGCCGACGGUUCCUUUUCCCACUUCAGCCAGUUUCAGUCAGGAAGUGGAGACGGCCCUCGAGAGUUUCGACUUCCUUAACAGCUCUGAUCUCGAUGAGGGCGACGAAGAGGAAGACGGACGACAGCAGGAGGACGAGGGAGAAAAAGAAGAGCGGGGUGGAACACUCCAAGAUCAAAAUGAAACUAAAGAGGAGGAGAAAAUAGAAGAACCUAAGGUGGAGAACUUGUACUCUGAGGGGAGCAGUGACGAAGAGGAGGCAGACGGUCUGCAGUUCCUUAUGGAGGCUCCGGAAGGAUUCAGGAACUCGGAUGAAGAUUGUUUCUCUGAAUCACAGGACUCGAGCGCCGACGAUGAGCGGGAUCUGGGUCCAGUGGAAAUCCCAGAGGACGAAGAUGAGCGAAGCGAGGAAAAAGGAGACGAACACGGGGAGGAACCCUCACACGAUCAGCAGGAGCCUCCUUUCACUCCCAGCUAGUCGACUUCUGCUGUUUUUAUUGACUCAGUUGAUCCAUUUCGAUGUUCUGGUGCCAUCUCUCUCCCACACUGCAGACACGGAGGCCUUUCGGAUG